AUGACAACUGCGAACAGUGAACAGAAGACAGUACUGACAACUGCCAACAGUGAACAGAAGACAGUAAUGACAACUGCGAACAGUGAACAGAAGACAGUACUGACAACUGCCAACAGUGAACAGAAGACAGUAAUGACAACUGCCAACAGUGAACAGAAGACAAUAAUGACAACUGCCAACAGUGAACAGAAGACAGUACUGACAACUGCCAACAGUGAGCAAAAGACAGUAAUGACAACUGCGAACAGUGAACAGAAGACAGUACUGACAACUGCCAACAGUGAGCAGAAGGAAGUACUGAUAAUGGCCAACAGUGAACAGAAGACAGUUCACCCCCCAGCUCACACCAUGUGUUAG